UAUGCCAAGCUUCUCUACCCCUUGUGAGUAGAUGAAUGGAUGGCUGGGUGGAUGGUUGGAUGGACAAAUGGGUGGAUAGACGGACUGAGUUAAGUAAUAUCAAUUAGAUGCUUGAGUAUUCUUUACCCCUGCCCUGUUCCCACUGUGCCAUGUGUCCUAGUAGUCCAGGGCACAUGGUGGCUGCCCAGUCCCAGGAUGGGUCUAAGGUCAAUGUCCUCUAUAGGUAGGUUUCCUCAGAUGCUCUGUCUCAUCAGCCUAAUACUAGCUAAUAGGACCUGUUGAAAAGCAGAGACUUCCCUCCCCUCUUUCCAAACAGGGCCAUCUUUGCAAUGCCAUCAGUCCCUUCUCUGCUCUGUUGCCUCACUGGCCACAGCCUGGCUUAAAACACUAGAGGUCACUCUGUCUUUGGGCCCCUCAGACCCAUUCACUCUUGCCUUUUCUAUCCCUCUAAGUCUAGGACGGAGCCCCAUGGGGCACCAAAGGGAAGGUGACAUGAAGACAUCUGACCCCAAGUCUGUUUAUAUGGCGACUGAAAGCACCAAUAACAGUGUCAAUGACAGUAGCUAUGAGCAGGGGCCCAGUGCCUGGCUUCUGCCAGGGCUUUGUGGGUGACUCUCUCCCCCUUCAACAAACACUCAUUAAUGCCCCCACCUUCUUAUUAUCCAUACUGUGCUAAAGACAUUGUGAAAUCCCUAGGCUCUUCUUCCCCAUCCUGGAACCAAUUAUAAAGGUUGCUGCAGGCUUGACCCACCCUGACCCGACAGUAUAAACUCAGGGCAAAUGCCCGGGAGAAAUCAUUCGGACCUUUCAGGCACCCAGGAUUGAAGCAAGGACCAGUCACCCAGGAUUGCAGGAAUGUGCUCCCUGCCCAUGGCAAGAUACUACACAAUUAAGGAUGCAGAUCAGAAGGCUCUAUACUUAAGAGGUGACCAGCUCCUGGUAGGAGAUCCCAGUGCGGACGACUGCUGUGCAGAGAAGAUCUGCAUACUUCCCAACAGAGGCCUGGACCGCACCAAAGUCCCCAUCUUCCUGGGACUCCAGGGAGGCAGUCGCUGCCUGGCCUGUGUGGAGACAGAAGAGGGGCCUUCCCUGCAGCUGGAGGAUGUGAACAUCGAGGACCUGUACAAGGGUGGUGAACAGGCCACACGCUUCACCUUCUUCCAGAGAAGCCUGGGCUCAGCCUUCAGGCUUGAGGCUGCUGCCUGGCCUGGCUGGUUCCUCUGUGGCCCAGCUGAGCCCCAGCAACCAGUACGACUUGCCAAGGAAAGUGAGCCAUUGGCCUGCACUGAGUUCUAUUUUGAACAGAGUCGGUAGCGAGGCAGGAGGCCGAGUUCCAGGCUGGUGCCCCCAAACCAAGCUCAUCCUGCUGAAGGCAGCAUCCUGCUGAUAGGCAGAAUAAUGCCCCCCUAAAGAUGUCCACGUCCUAAUCCCCAGACUCUGUGAAUAUGUUACCUCCAAGGCAAAAGUGACUUUGCAAAUGUGAUUAAGGUAAGGAUCUUGAGAUGGGAAGACUCCCACAAGGGUCCUCGUAAGAAUGAGGCAGGAGGGUGAGAGUCAGAGGCUGGAAGAUGCUAUGCUAUUAAUCGAAUUUCAAAUGUAGCAGACAGGGCUAUCAGCCAGCGAAUGCAGGUGGUUCCAGAAGCUAGAAAAGGCAAGGGAAGGAUUCUCUCCUAGAGCUUCCAGGAGCAACACAGCUCGGCUGACAGUUGAAUUUUAGUCCAGUGAAAACCAUUUUAGACCUCUGACCUCCAGAACUGUAGAAUAAUAAAUUUGUGUUGUUUGAAGCCA